AAAUCAAAAUAUUUGAUAAUCUUUUUUUAUUUUAAAAUGGUAAGUCAAGUAUUUUGUUUCCUUGCCAUAAACAGGUUAAUGCUUUCACUAAACCUUGAAUUGCCUGAAUCUCAUUGAUUUAGUUGUGGUUUAGAAAAAUAGUUUUUUGAGGUUGGUUAAUAUGAUGUAGAAAUAUAGUUUUGCUAUUUAUACAUCAGUUAUGAUGUAUAAAUAUAGUUUUUUGGUGCCAGUUAUGAUGUAUAAAUAUUGUUUUGAAAUGCCAGUUAUAAUGCAUAAAAUUGUUUUAAUUUUAGAUUAAUUAAUUAUUGAUUCUUAUUUGGUUUCUCAGUCAUGAUAAAUAAUCAACAGUGCUCUAUUGGAAUAAAUCUAGAAAGUGAAUGUCAUCUCACAACAUAUACACCGUUGCUUGGAAUCGAAUAUUUUGAAGAUAUUCCUGAUUAUGAAAGAGAAAUAUUAAUGUGGAGGACUGGGCUAUCAAUAAUCAAUGUUAAAUCAACAACUUGCCUCCAUCAUAAACAUGUUUAUUUGAAGCGUUAUGCAACUAAACUAACACGUUGCUGCAACCCAUUUAAUAUCCAUAACAAAGUUAAAAAAGGCAGUCUUCGUGAAAUCAACUUGGAUACAGCAAAAUCUCUAUGCAGUAAAGGCAAAUUUGUAGUACCAGGUGAAAAGCUUUGUCCACAAUGCAGACAUAAAUUAGCAUCAAGUGAACAACCAGAAGAAAUUGAAUUAGAGGAAAAAUUCAUUGAAGAUGAUAUGGAGAAAGAAAUUAUGCUAGAAUCAGCAAGAUCAUUGCUCAACAAUACCUUAUGUGAACUUGAAGUGUCUCCUCUAAAAGUUUUAAAUUUACCUAAAACCUCUAACAAGUCUUCACUUGAAAGAGAAAGAUAA